CACUUCUCGCGCUUCUAUGUCGUACUCAUACAUAUUGAACUCAAUCAUUCAGGCAAAUUAAUUUUCCCUAUAAACACGAUUAUUCUCUGAAAAUUUCAAAGACAAACGUCGUUCAGGUAUAUGUUGAAAUCUGUACAUAUGAUGUUUAUAUUUUUAUUUUGAUUUCUUUAUCCCUUUUUUUAAGUUCGCGUUCUGUGCUUAGGCGCAUGCGAUUGUUAGAGAUGGGCUAAACAUUACAUUAUAGGAUCGUGAUUUGCUACUAUGGUUCUAAAGUCUACCAUAUAGCUAAUAAAGUACUAGAUAGCUUCACAGAGAAUAAUCUGAUGAGUCAAACGUUUUGUUUUGAUAGAGGUAACGUUAGACUUCUAAAUUUCCAGAAUAAAAAUUAUAAUUGGGUGAUCAAGUUGCGGUGAAUAUAUCACAGUCUGUGUUUUUUCCCAGCUCUACAAUCUCCUUCAUUCUUUCCUGCCUCUGCCAAAAUUUCUUUGUUCUGUGGUUGGCCGGUCUGCGUACAUUUUAUGAUUCACUAUUGUAACAUGGUCCAUUUCAUUUCGCAGGGAUCACGUUGAAAGUUGAAAGACCGUAAAAGGAAAUCCGAGAAUAGACCGAAUUAAAUAUCGCAGAAAUGCAGUUCAACGGCGUAUAUCACAAUAAUAAUAUGUACAGGCAGAGACAAGAUCGUUCAGAUCAGUAUAAUAAGCAGUCAAACUACUGGGCCGGCCCACAUACGAUGGCUCCUGUCCAAGACUUUGGAGGUCCGCAACAGAGGGUUUACAAGAAAAAACCUCAACAACAAAACGAACAGUCGUUAUCACCACCAUUGUGGGAUCAAACAGAAUUGAAACCCUUCAGAAAGAACUUUUAUGAAGCUGUUAAGUCUAGAUCACAGAGUGAUGUUGACAGCUAUAGGGAAGUAAGGGAUAUCAUUGUGAGGGGAAACGAUAUUCCACAACCAAGCUUUUGUUUUGAGGAAGGUAGUUUUCCAGAGUACAUCAUGCAGGUGCUUAUGAAACAAGGGUUCAAUGAACCGACUGCUAUUCAAUCUCAAGGCUGGCCGGUUGUAAUGUCAGGCCGCGACCUGGUAGGCAUCGCCCAGACUGGUUCUGGCAAGACGCUGGCCUACAUGCUGCCCGCCGCUGUGCACAUCAACAGCCAACAGCGCCCGCAGCGAGGCGAGGGCCCCAUCGCCCUCGUUUUGGCCCCAACAAGGGAGCUGGCACAGCAGAUUCAGAAAGUGGCGCACGUAUUCGGCGACACCGCGAUGAUCCGGAACACGUGCAUCUUUGGCGGAUCGCCGAAGGGGCCGCAGGCUAGGGAUUUGGAAAGGGGCGUCGAGAUUGUCAUUGCCACGCCUGGGAGGUUGAUUGAUUUCCUUGAGAAGGGCACCACCAACCUGCAGAGAUGUACAUAUUUAGUCUUGGAUGAAGCCGAUCGUAUGUUGGAUAUGGGUUUUGAACCACAGAUCAGAAAAAUCAUUGAACAAGUCAGACCAGACAGGCAGGUACUCAUGUGGUCUGCUACAUGGCCCAAACAAGUACAAGCGUUGGCCGAAGAAUUCUUAGUUGACUAUGUACAGGUCAAUGUAGGUGGCCUCCAAUUGUCUGCGAAUCAUAAUAUCAAGCAAAUCGUUGAUGUUUGUGAGGAAAGUGAGAAAGAAGAGAAACUGAUGAAACUGUUGAAAGAAAUCUGUUCGGACAGGCAAAAUAAGGUCAUCAUUUUUGUGGAAACAAAGAAAAAGGUUGAUGACAUCACCAAGAUUAUCAAGAGAGAUGGACUAGCUGCUAUAAGCAUGCACGGAGACAAGUCGCAACCCGAACGUGACUACGUUUUGAACGAAUUCAGGAGCGGAAAAUCAUCGAUAUUGGUCGCAACUGACGUCGCUGCUAGAGGACUGGAUGUUGAGGAUGUGAAAUAUGUUGUGAACUAUGAUUUCCCCAACUCAAGCGAGGACUACGUACACAGAAUCGGUCGUACAGGCCGUUGUCAGCAAGCUGGCACCGCGUACGCUUUCUUCACGUCUGCUAAUCAGCGCCAAGCCAAAAACCUGGUCGAUCUGCUGGAGGAAGCCGGGCAAACGGUGCCGGACAGGCUGCGGGAGAUGUCGCAGCAAUGUCACAUGCAGCAGAAAAUGGGCAGAGGCAACACGUGGAAGAACAACAACAGGAUGAUUGCUAACAAGCAGAGCGGAAUGGACAGAUUGUCGCCUAGCUCGCAACAUUCCGGUGGCAAGCCUUGGCAGAGCGGAACGAAAACGUUCACCAACAGCACCGACUUCAGACAGAACGGCACCGGCCCGAGGAAUAACUACAACAAAUUCAACAAUGACGGUACACCACGGCCGCCAAGGAACAACUACAACAACGGAUUCCAGUUCCAGAGCAACCAGUACCAGACCCAGGGUUACAGCCAAUCGUACAGUCCUCCGAUGUACCAACAACAGCAGCAACAGUCCCAGCAGUUGAAUGGACAAAGAAACUAUGGUGGAAUGCAAACCCGUCCGUACAAUAACCAGCGUUACAACCAACAAAACCAUCAGAGACAGCAGCAAGCGUAUCACCAGAACACUAUGUAUCACCAGAUGCCUGGCGCACCGUACAUGAUGCAGUCUGCAGGUGCUGAUGGCAUGCAGACCCUUGUCAACCAUAAGUUCUUCCAGAAUCGAGGACUGGGCUCGAACCCUUGCGCGUACCAGUCCGCCACGGCUGGGGCCAGUCAGGGCCAACAAUAUCAACAGUACGCUAACGUUCAGUACGCCCCAGCGGCGUUCUCGUACGCCCAACCACCUACCGCCACUGUCCAGCAGUAGAUCAUCUGAGCAGUGGUUCAUCUGCUCCUUCUUCUUUACGGUGAUGUGACAUGUUGGAAUUUUGUAUAACCGUUUUAGUACUAUAAAUCUUACUUUAUAUUAACGUCUACUUUCUGGGUUAGUUUAGGAUUAGGAGGGUGUCUGUAUAGGAUUUCUCUGACCAUUGACCAGUUAUUUAAAAUUUGGAAUAUCCCCAGGGUUGUUCAUAGAUUCCCAAGAAGAGAAAUCCCCCAUAAAGUAAGAAAAUCUUUUCUACAACUACUAUUCAAGUUUUCAAAUAUUUGUAGGUGCUUUUCUAUAAUCAUGAAUAGAGCAUUUCAAACUCGAUAUAUUCUCAAAUUCUUAAUGUCCGGUUCUAUAUAGACACUCUUUGGUUAGGAUUAGUACGAAUGGAGACAGUUUUUUGUUUGAUCAGAGGUGCUAGUAGGUAAGUUAGAGAAAAGAAUCGUUAUUUCGUUUUUUAAUUUUUAUUCCCUUUCAAAAAGGGGCAAUGUACCUAACUGCAAAUAUUUAUUUACAAAAUUGCAAAGGUUCUUGAGAAUACUGCGAUGCGUGAAAAAUGAAUUAGUGCAUAUUCCAGCAUGUCUCGAAUAUAUACAUUUUUGUACUUUUCGUGUAACUUGAAAAAAAUGUGUUUGAUGUUACAUGUUUAUAUUUGCAAGUCUAGCAAAGCUUACCAUUCGACCUAUUAGGAUUAGUAGUAGUCAUGCUUUAACAAUGCACAAGUAUUUAUUUAAAAUUGGUAAUUUGGAAAUGUCUAUGUCAUGUGAUGUUUUUUCUGAACAACAUCCAUAAACAUUCUCAAAAUUAGUACAAAUUCCCUGUUACCAAAAUGCGGCUGGAUAUAAAUUACCGUUUCGAAAAAAUGUAUUUAAAGAAACUGGAAAAGGGAUCUGUGAAUGUUUUUUCGUUUAUGGUUUUCUUAGCGCUUUUCAGCCCUGCUUGUCACCUCUAUACGUUAUUUCUCCAUGUUAAAUGUAUAAGAUUUUGUGAAAUUGCAACGAACUACUCCAUCCAUCUAACAAGAAUUUCACAAAAUCGACGUGUACUUUGAUGCUUAGGCGACCGUCUGACGCUAAGGUCGUCACUAUUAGCUUUCUGUGUGUGAACUAGAAUGUAAGUUAUAAGUAACCAGCUGUAUGAUAUGAAAUGCACGAAACAUAUAGAAGGGCGGACAACUAUAUAAAGGAUUACGAUUUUAUUUUGAUCAAUGAUUGAUGAAAAAAUGACAAACGAAGAAAACUAUGCAUUAGAUUUGAUACCAGUGAUUUGGACCAUUUACCACCACCGCUAACAACACUACUAGCAUUAAGUCGCCUGCAAAUAGAGGAAAAAGCGUACGUUUUUGCACUCAUUUGAUUUGAAAAUCAAUUUACUUCCUAUUUGCUGAAAAAAAAGAUUUAAUAACCUCUUACAAAGUUUGAUUUUUUCACUUGGAAAUAUAUACCUAUCGGAUUUAUCACAAACCAGGUAACAAAAAACGUUUUCAAGUUUGGGAAUCUCUGAGAUGGGUUCUAUAAUCACACUGUUUACUUGCGCUAUUUGAUAGAGGAUACUUUUUUUAAUACUAGAUGCAAUCUUUGAAAGUCAUGUACCUAGAUGGCAAAUUGAAAUUUCGCGAGACUGCAGUUUUGUAACAGGGCCUGGUGCUUCGUUGUUCAAAUAGAUUGAGGUAAAUAUUUCGAAGGAAUUUAGCCCUCGUCAAUUUUUCGGUGUAUAACCCAAAAACACGUGCUUAAUGCCACUAGAAAACUGAAGGUCUUUCGAAUUUCGUUUAGGUUGUUGCUGUGUAAUCCCACAUGCAUUUUUAUUUCUUCGCUAACCAUUCAGGGUAUAUAAAUUGAAUAGAACUAAGUAAAGCCGAAAAGAACACUAUAAUUAAGGUAUAUGUAUUUCAAUCGACUCUGUGAGUGACACCACGCGCGAAAAUAAGGACCGCCCACCAUACGCAACAACCUACUUUUAGUGUAUUGCACUAACGCAAAAAAUGGCGCGAAGUUCCCAUUUAUCAUUACCACGUUUACAUCUGGGAUUCCGUUCGAUUUUGGAUACUGCACGUAAGCGUUUGGAUCGAGUUUCAAGGUCGAUUCUGGAUCGUAUCGGAUUGAAAUCCAUAUAAAGGAGAAUCGGAACAGAAUCGGCGCCUGUGCAGGAUUGAGAUUGAACUGAAAACUGCGUGUAGACGCAAGGGAAUCUUUGAGCCAUAUGUGAACGUAGCACAAGUUUGUACAUCUGAUUCUUUGACAGUUGGAUGGGAAAGCUCAGUAAUUAUUUGGUUCCUGGUUGUGAUGUGGCCACAUUUGAAAAAGAACUCUGGAGGUUGUUAAAUCCGAUAUUCGAUCAGCAUUUUUCAAAGCAAAAUGGGUGCUUUAGUAGAGAUUUGUGAUUUGAUCAAAAUGAAAUUAACGUUUUAUAUUUUUGUUAAAACUGGUCUGAAUAGUGUCUGCUGUUAUUUUCCCCUUAGAUUAUAUUCAUAUAAUAUUCGUAAUAAGGUAUCGGCAUAAGUCAUUUUGCAGUAUCAAGAAGAAAAAAGUUUUUAUACAAUGAAGAUUAUAUUGUAAAUAUGAAGACAGAUCGCAACGUUUUGUGGUUUAAAAAACUAUGAAACGUUCAAAUAGCUGUUCGGUAGAGAAAUACAGCUAAAAAAUUAAACAGUUUUUGUAUACAAAACAGAAGCAAAAUCAGUAUUAUCUGGUGAAUUCUAUCUUUUGUAGUGUGAAUGUACCAACCAGAACGAGUGUAACUUAUAUAAUUUACUGCUUGUGUCGUGUACAUAUGUACGUAGUAUUAAGAAUUAAACUUCGUUUGUCGUUUAGCGUGAGGCAUUCCAGUGCUCACGACAUCAUCUGUGAUAUUUUAGUGAGUAAACAAAAAGGGUAGCAAAAGAAUAAUGUUGACUUUUCCGAAUCAAGGGAAACGCUGAAAGUUCGUUAGACCAGUGUAACACGCAUUGAAAUAGGGGCCAGUCUCUUAAGGGCCCUACAAACUAUGUAUCUUUUUCCAGAAACAGUUGCUUUUAAAUCCAUAGAUCUAGACAUAUAAACUAGUAUUAUUGCUAAUUGACGUGUAAUGAAGGGGUUCAGUAGCCUUGGUUAGUUUAUUUUGAAAUCCAUGACAUUACAGGGCCCUUGCAUAAAUUGACAUUUUUCACUAUCAAUGUAAUCUGUAAAUGUUCAAUAGCAACAUGUCUUUCAUAUUUUCUAUAACCUGGUCACCAAGUACAAUUGCGUUAACUCGAGAUUUAAAAAAAACAAUGUAUUUACAUUGAUAGGAUGUGAUAUUUUCUAUUAAGACUGAAAUGACUAGAUGUAUUUUUUUUAUACUUGACUAUGACAUAGUCAAAAAAUGAAAGUCAGCUGUUUCGUUUUUCCUCAUUUGAAAAAAAAAGCGAUUCUCUGAAAUCGGAACAGGUGCAUAACUAAAAAAAAAGUGCACAAGAAAGUUUAUUAUUCUGCGACGUUAUCAAAAAAAAAUGCCACUGCGUAACGAUUGACGACCGUUAUUUUUUGGUUAUUCACGAAUCAAGGUUGGCGAAAAUAAGUUUUUAUAUCAAAGUAACUGGCAUAGAUAUACCUAGGAUCUAUACAAAAGGUCAAAUACAUAUACUUGAUGUUGACAUUUAACGUAUUCUACAUGAAGAUAGAAAACCUUAUAAAGCGUACAUACAGUUAUUUUGUUGUGGAUGAAGUGAUUUACCUUGAAGCACACGAGGUUUUCACCUGAUCAAUAACGCACAUUCUGUUUGUUCACGAAGCCGUUUAACCAUAAAUGCCUCUCAUCACUGAAGGUGAUUUUGCGAUGAAAUUAUUCAUUUUCUUGCAACAUAUUUCUAGAGCCCAAUUCGAGAACGUAUGUCGCAAUCACCGAAUUUCGGUAGUAAAUUUUAUUUGUAAGCGUUGUUCGUUCAUGAUGAAAAUGUUUUCUUUACUGAAUGUUUGACAUUGACAGUUCGGUAAUCGAUUUAAAGGUGCGUUCAAAGUUUUCAAGUCCCUAUUGGAAAACCCGAUAGUAUAUUCGCGAGUUCAGAGACGAACACUGCAGGGUCAUCUAUGAGAAUUUGUUUAUUUCUUGAUUCUGGACAAAAAACAUUGUAUCGGGUCAUAUAUUUUCAACUUAAAUCUAAAUAUCUACCAAACAAAAAACAUUCAAAUAGUGAAAAAUUUGAUUUAACGGCAUAAUUAUGAGAUUCUUAAAUGUCUUUAAAUUGUGACAAUUCUUUAUUUACACAGGCAACAGGUUAAACAUUUUGUGACAAAUUCUCACAAACGAUGCUACAGUAUCAUUUCUAAUAUUUUUCAAACGUGCGAAUAUGUAUUUUGACAAUCUUCAUGUAGAAUACGCGAAUGAUAUUGACAGCUUUCUAUCGGUGACACCGAACAUGCAAAAACAAUUCUUUGAAUAAAACUGUUUACAGCCUUUUUUACGGCUAAAUUUACAUGAACCAGGCAUUUGCGAAAAAAGUUCGAAAAUGAAAAGAUGAGGCUAUGACGUGAAGUUUCCACAUCUCUGUCGAAAAUAUUAGAAUUUUAUAAUUACACUGUUCACACUUGUAAAAUAUUUAUCAAACGUAACGUUGUAAAGCAACCAAAUGCAGCGUCUUGCAAACUCUGACUUAUGAAAAUGCUCCCCAAAUGAUGCCUCAACGUAGGAAAACACUCGAGUAUAUUUUUUCAAAAUUGCAGUUCACGCGUCCGCAUUUCGACACACCUUUCGAGCGAGCUGUCCAGAAAUCAAGUAUCGAGGUCUAAUCUAUGUUCCGUUAUAAUAUUUGUUCAUCGUGCCAACCUUGUCAUUGAGUUGAUGACAUCUUUUGGGUAAGGUAUUUAUAAAAUAAGCAGCGCAGUUCGAUAUUCUAACUCGAUAAUAUCAAUAAUAAAAAAUGACUGCAGUUAGACCCAAUGAUUUGAAUUAAAAAAAAAGCUUUACCUAAAGCUUUAUUGAGUACUAACUAUACUCUUCUGUAAGUUUCUAAAGAGUGCAUUUCUUGUAUGUAAUACAGUAUUAUAGUUGUAACAUGUUAUUCAUUAUUAUUUUUAACUAUCCUUAAAUUCGAUGUAUAUGGGAUUUAUUGGCAAAUUGAAUAAAAUUCAAAUGCA